AUGGCGUGCCUGUACGUAUGUGUCAAGGUCCUCGUGGCAAGUGUUUUGCUCACGGCCAUCGCAUACGUCAUAAUCACUAUGAAGAUGGCGUUCCCGCUCGGACAUUCCAAGAUAAGCUGGUCCUUCCUGUGGAUCAACAUCUUUCAAGAUGAUGAUUUGGACAUAAAUCGAACCUUCUAUCUUCCUUCAAACUAUACAAUCAACGUUGAAGAUCUCUGUCAUGAAAAUGCCGAUCCCGCGCCCAUAGAGCUUCUAGUCCUCGUAGCAACGGCACCGAAAAACUUGCAACUUCGCGACGCGAUUCGUCAAACCUAUGGCCGCGAUCUCAAGUCCAGUCCACGUAACAAAAUCGCCUUCGUACUCGGAAGGACCACAAAACCGGCACUAGAGCGCUCAAUAAGACAAGAAAAGCUUCUGCACUCUGACAUCAUUCAGGCAGACUUCAUCGACACCUACAACAACCUGACAAUCAAAAGCGUCGCGAUGCUACGAUGGGCGUGCAUAUACUGUCCUCAGGCUCAGUUCGUCGCCAAGCUCGACGACGACACUUUCCUCAACGUGCCUAAUUUUCUGAGAGUCAUGAAAUCACUGCCGCGUAACACAAUUUACGGCAGGCUCUUCAAUCACACAAAGCCUAUUCGGGACCACGAAUCACCUUGGAGGACAAGUUUCAAGGAAUACCCGGCGGAAUACUAUCCUGACUUGAUCAGCGGGACAUGCUACGUUAUCGGCGGCGAUGUUCUGAGGCUCCUCUACAAGGCGACUGGGACGCAACCGCCGUUUCGUCUUGAAGACGUACUCAUUACUGGGCUCAGUGCCGAAUCUGUGGGCAUUCCGCGAGUUGGUGUGCCAGGCUUCAAUUCUGUGCCCGUGAGAACUGUGUGUGAGAUGCGGGAUCAGGUGACGUCGCAUUAUAUGACACCCAAGGCAAUGCGUGACUACUACAAAGCACUGAAACAACCAUAUUUAAAGUGUUAG